GUCAAACAGAGCAGACAGUCGCUGUUGUGCAUUGAGGAAUAUGGUGAGCCCUGCGGUAAACGGCAACUUAAAACAUUUGAACCACCAGAAUGGACGUAAAUGCGAAGAUAUGAAGACAAAUGGCUAUCACAACAAGGGCGAGAAAAAUGGCCCAGGGACUGGUGUCGCCUCCAGGCAAUACAGGCAUGAGUCCUUUGAACAGGCCCCGAUGUACGUGGCUGUCAUGACAUACCUGGGCUUUGGCAUUGUCACGCUUUUUGGCUACUUCAGAGAUUUCCUCAGAGCUGUGGGCUUAGAGAAGUGCCACCUUGCCCAGGAAAGAGAGGAACAGAAGGAUUUUGUACCGCUUUAUCAAGAUUUUGAGAACUUUUACACACGAAACCUGUACAUGAGGGUACGAGACAACUGGAACCGUCCCAUAUGCAGCCUGCCGGGACCAGUCUUUGACCUGAUGGAGAGGGUGUCUGAUGACUACAACUGGACAUUCAGGUUAACCGGGAGGACGAUACACAAUGCCAUCAACAUGGGCUCUUACAACUACCUCGGUUUUGCAGAGAACAAUGCUGAUUUCCUGAAAACAGUGGCAGAGAAAACACAGCAGUAUGGUCUUGGGGUUUGCAGCACAAGGCAGGAAAUAGGUAAUCUGAGCAUCCACGAGGAACUGGAGCAGCUUGUUGCCAGCUUCGUCGGAGCAGAGUCCUCCAUGACUUUUGGGAUGGGUUUCGCCACCAACUCAAUGAAUAUUCCAGCACUUGUUGGCAAGGGUUGCUUGAUACUGAGUGAUGAGCUCAAUCACACAUCUCUCAUCUUAGGGGCCAGACUGUCCGGAGCAACAAUCCGGGUGUUUAAGCACAACAACAUGCACAGUUUGGAGAAGAUGCUAAGAGAAGCAGUUUGCUCUGGGCAGCCUCGGACCCACAGGCCCUGGAAGAAGAUCCUCAUCAUGGUGGAAGGCAUCUAUAGCAUGGAAGGCUCAGUGGUGCGACUUCCUGAGGUCAUCGCUCUGAAGAAGAAGUACAAAGCGUAUCUGUACCUGGACGAGGCCCACAGUAUCGGCGCGGUGGGAGCAUCGGGGAGGGGCGUGACCGAGCUGUUUAAUGUGAACCCAGCCGAGAUAGACGUGAUGAUGGGCACCUUCACCAAGAGCUUCGGGGCGGCUGGAGGAUAUAUCGCAGGGAAAAAGGAGCUGGUGGACUACCUGCGCAGCCAUUCUCACAGUGCAGUGUACUCCUCGGCCAUGUCCCCUCCUGUCACGGAGCAGAUCAUACGUGCGAUGAAGUGCAUCAUGGGAAAAGAUGGCAGCACAGAGGGCAUUAGACGGAUCCGCCAACUGGCAGAGAACACCAGAUACUUCAGGGGCAGACUGAAGGAGAUGGGCUUCAUCAUCUACGGCAAUGAUGACUCACCUGUGGUUCCAAUCCUGCUCUACAUGCCAGGCAAAGUGGUGGCGUUCGCUCGAGAAAUGCUGGAGAGGAAAAUUGGUGUUGUGGUAGUCGGCUUUCCAGCAACGCCGAUUACAGAAGCCCGAGCUCGCUUCUGUCUGUCUGCAGCACACACCAGAGCCAUGCUGAACCAGGUGCUGCAGCAUCUGAACGAGGUGGGAGACCAUCUCUGUCUGAAGUUCUCACGUCGGAAAUAUUCCUCCUGUCCUGACCUCCAUGAUGAGACAGACUUUGAGCUGAGCAGCUGAUAUGACCUUUGACACCUUCAUUUGACAGUGUCAAAGCGAAGUCUUAAGUGUCCACGUCACAGCAGACACAUAAACCAGAGGCCAAAUGUUCAGCAGCUGCUUUUUAUAUGUUUGUAAAACAUUGCGAUUUAACACUUAUUUCUUCUUAACAAGAGACUCUAUGUGAUCUAUUUAAAUGCUUUAAAUGUGAAUAUAAUUCUAUGUAAAUAUACAUAAAAUGAUUGCACAAGCAUUGCUGGAUUGGUCUUAAACUCAAGGAAAAUAUCAUUAAGCUUUUUAUAUUGAGAUAAAUCACAUUUUCUUUGUUUUAAAGUUUUUUCACAGUUAAUUGAAUUACUUGUGUCUAUAUUUGUGUUGGAAACUUUUUAUGGAAGCAUUUUUUGCUUCUCAUAAUUUAAUAUCGGCAAUUAUUUGAUAAAAAGAGGCAGGGGGUGGAUAUUAUUAGAGAAUGAUCCCUAAGAAGUUGAUGCAAGGAGUCCCAUUUACCUCUGAACAUCAAGUUUUAUAGUUAUAAGUGAUGAAAAAAGGCAUUUGGUGGUUUGAAUUUUCUUUGUAGGUUGCAUCGUUUUCUCAUGUUUUUAUCAUCAACAACAUCCCAGAAGUGAUUAAUUCUUCACUUAAACUAGAAUCUUUAUUAAUUAUUCUCAUCUGGAGAUCCCCACAGCCCAACAACAGUUCCUCUCUCACUGCCUCAUAGCAACACAACAACUAAUGUCAUGGAAAGAAACAACAGUUCCUACCUCCAAAAUGUGGCGAUAAUCUAACCAGUACAUUACAUUUGGAAAGGAGAUAUGUCUUAGAGGACUUGCACAAUAUAAUAUGACUUGACAGCCACUCCUAUCACACUUGGCACAUAGAAAUGGCUGAGAUAUAACCUAAUAUAUAUUACAUUUAAUGUAAUUAUUUAUUUCUUUACGGUUUUUUGUCCUCUCUUUUUACUUUCCUUAUUUUUGAUACUGUUCCAGUCUCAGAAUACAACCCUUUAUCUUUUAUAUCAUCUGCUUUAUAUCUGUGAAUGUACAUGAUAAUUUCACAAUUAUUUAAUUGUAAAUGGAAAUGAGCAUUGACACAACAAUAUAAUGUACAUAUAAAUCAUUUGGUUCAAUAAAAUAUUGAAAUGGACAUUUUUCCCAGGGUGUAUUGCUGCAUUUCAACAUAUGAGUCCAGUGUUUUGUAUUUUUUUAAAGUUUCCAA